AUGGCGUCCGAAGACGAAGACUACUUCCUCCCACCAGAGGCAGUGCGCCCCUUCAGCUCUGGCAUCCGCCGAAAACGCGUGCAGUUCGUGCGAUCCUCCGAUCUAGACACAACAACAGCCCCAACGCCCUCUUCCUCCGGCACCAGCAUAGCAGACAAAUAUCUCUCUAUUGUGAUGAAGCAGCAAUCAAGUACAUCACCAAGCACACCAACUCAGCGCGAUCUGUCUCCACCUAUCGUCCGCACACAGUCCGCGCCCCCAAUUCAAGACGCAAUCCCGCCUCCACCUACAGUGGCGCCCGCAGCCCCAGAAUACUGCGACGUGUGCAAGUUACCUAUCCCACCACCAGCCCCAGCAGACGCCACAGGCAAAAAGCCCUUACCGCACGAAGCAUCCCUCGCGCAUCAAAUCUGUCUUGCUCACUCACACCCACCAUCGCACCUCGACCGCACGCGCUCAGGUCUCCGAUACCUCUCUACAUACGGGUGGGAUCCUGACAGCAGGCUUGGGCUCGGCGCAUCUGGUCGUGAGGGUAUACGGGAACCUAUCAAACCUCGUGUCAAACAUGACACUGCUGGACUGGGGACUGGGAUUGAUCAAGAUGGAGAUCCGUUGCCGCCUAGACCGCCACCGGUGAAGGUGCAGAAGCUCAAUCCUAAGCAGGUGCAGAAGAAGGCUGCGGAGGAUAAGAAGAGGGCAGAGAGGAUCAGGAAGGCUUUUUAUCAGAAUGACGAGGUUUUGAAGUAUCUUGGGGAUGGGGUUUAG